AUGGCUCAUAUUGUGAUAUUUCUAGUUUGUUUUCUUGCAAUUGCCUCAUUUGUCAAGGGAUAUGGUAAAGGAAAGUGGAUCAAUGCUCAUGCUACAUUCUAUGGAGGUGGUGAUGCCUCAGGGACAAUGGGUGGUGCUUGUGGUUAUGGGAAUCUAUACAACCAAGGUUAUGGAACAAAAACUGCAGCUUUAAGCACAGCUUUAUUCAACAAUGGAUUGAGUUGUGGAUCUUGCUAUGAGAUUAAAUGUGUGAAUGAACAUAAAUGGUGUUUGUCAGGUUCUAUUAAAGUAACAGCAACCAAUUUAUGUCCACCUGGUGGCUGGUGCAAUCCUCCUCUUCACCACUUUGACCUUUCUCAGCCUAUUUUUCAGCACAUUGCCCAAUAUAGAGCUGGAAUUGUCCCUAUUGCUUAUAGAAGGAUACCCUGCAGAAGAAAGGGAGGCAUCAGGUUCACAAUCAAUGGACACUCUUACUUCAACUUAGUACUUGUGACUAACGUUGGCGGUGCUGGUGAUGUUCAUGCUGUAGCCAUUAAAGGAUCGAAAACACAAUGGCAAUCUAUGUCAAGAAAUUGGGGCCAAAACUGGCAAAGCAACAGUUUACUAAAUGGACAAAGCCUUUCAUUUAAAGUUACUACUAGUGAUGGACAUAGUGUAGUCUCUAAGAAUGUUGCCCCUGCUAGUUGGUCUUUUGGGCAGACAUACACUGGUGGACAGUUUCAUUGAAAGG